GGUGACUCAGGGUUUCUUACCAGCAAUUUCACACAAUUCAAGGCUGAAACUUCAAGAAACAACUUAUGGAAUGAGCAGCAGGAUAUGAUGAGUACUGCUGAUUAUAUCGCUCAAUUUGACAACAGUUCUGGGAAACAGCUGGAGUUUAAACGGCAUCCCUUCUCAGAUAAAGCUCCACUGACACCAGAACAAAGCCUGCAUGUAGAUGGAUAUAAAGCAAAUGCAUCAUUAGACUUACAUACAUUGUACCCUUUUGGGGGAAAAGAAGCCAGACUCUUCUCAUUACCUGUACAGCUGUAUCAGGAUUUGCAGCCUCACCAGAAGCAAGGUCUGGAGUGGCUGUGGCCAUUACACUGCAGUGAUAUGCCAGGUGGGAUUGUUGCUGAUGAUAUGGGUCUGGGAAAGACCCUACAGACUACAACAUUCUUAUCUGGGCUGUUAUACUCUGGCAUCAUAGAAAGGGUUAUGAUUAUAGCACCAUUAAGUGUAUUGGAUGCGUGGAUAUAUGAGCUCACACGGUCAGGAUUGUCACAGAGGAUACAACAGUAUAACACUUCUGGUGAAACGGGUCUUAGGAUUGUUGAAGAGGAGGGAGGAAUUUUACUUUUGUCUUACACAAUGUAUUCUAACAAUCAUGAAAAGAUGAUUGGACUUCACGACAAAAAGUGGGAUUACAUUGUGCUGGAUGAAGCCCAUAAAAUUAAAAAUCUUGAUGCUGCUAUCACAACAGCAGUGAAGAAAUUGAAGUGCAACAUGAAACUUUUGUUGACAGGAACUCCACUAACAAGAAGUCUGAUGGAUAUUUUUUCUCUCAUGGAAUUUAUUGAAGUGAAUAUUCUGGGUGAUAAGAAGAAAUUCUCUAAGAAAUACAAGUGUCCUGUCCAGUUGGGACUCUAUUCUAAUUCUAAUGCAUAUGACAAGGACAGGUGCCUGCAGGCACUUGCGCGUUGCCGUGAAAAGAUCUCCCCUUACAUGCUGAGAAGGACUAAAUCAAUCCUAGUAGAAAGUGGGGCCCUUCCCUGCAAGAAAGAUGAUGUUGUCUUAUGGUUGAAGUUGACCAAGUUACAGAUGUUUCUGCUUGACCGCUAG